CAAGUACGAACGGAGCCCCCCCGAUCCUCUUUGGCCACGACAAUGAACAAGUACCUCGGGACGCCGUGGGUAGCACUGUGCACCAGGGGAAGGUCAAAGUGAUCGCGAAACAAUCGAAGUACAAUAGAAAGAGGUACAAACCUUGUACAAACGAUACAUUCAGUCCAUUCUGUCAAAAGAAAUCACUUGUCAGCUAUCUACAUUCGCGACAGAUGUAAAUACCCAGUGGCCAAUGGGCCCCGGGUGUUUGUGCGCAGCUGCGCAGUCGAUUUGCGCAUAAUUGACAGGUGCACAGAGCAUCGAUACAAGGUGCGUUUUCAGUGCGAAUAAAGAGUUUCAAGCACAUUUUGAACAUUCUCCCUAUUAUGAGAUAACAACGCGUUUUUUCCAUCGUAAUAAAAUUUCAUAACUAUUAAGUAUCUCACCGGAUAAUCAGGGAUACUAUGGCUAAAGAUGAAGUGGACGAUCUACUGCCUGACAAGGACGCAGCAAAGGGCUUUUAUGCCAAAUACGAGCCCAAAGAAAUUCUCGGCAGAGGAAUUUCAUCAACAGUUAGGAGAUGCAUUGAGAAGGAGACUGGUAUUGAGUAUGCUGCUAAAAUAAUAGACAUAAGCAAUGAGCCACACGAUGGGGCUGAAGGUCACACGAUGAAAGAUGCUACUAUGCAAGAGGUGCAUAUACUAAGACGAGUUGCUGGUCACCCCUAUAUUAUUGAGCUGCAUGAUGUCUUCGAAUCGAACACUUUUAUAUUCCUUAUAUUCGAGCUGUGCAAAAAUGGAGAGCUCUUCGAUUACCUGACAUCCGUGGUUACAUUGUCUGAGAAGAAGACGAGGUACAUAAUGAGACAAGUUUUCGAGGGGGUUCUACAUAUCCACACCCAGGGAAUUGUUCAUCGGGAUCUUAAGCCUGAGAAUAUUUUACUUGAUGAUAAUUUAAAUGUUAAGAUCACAGAUUUUGGCUUCGCUAGGAUGCUCAAGCCAGGGGAUAAAUUAUUUGAUUUAUGUGGCACCCCGGGCUACCUAGCCCCCGAAGUCCUGAAAUGCAACAUGUUCGAGAACGCUGAGGGCUACGGUUACGAAGUAGACAUUUGGGCCUGUGGUGUAAUAAUGUUCACACUAUUAGUUGGAUGCCCACCGUUCUGGCAUCGUAAGCAGAUGGUAAUGUUGAGGAACAUUAUGGAGGGAAAAUACUCGUUCACGUCACCUGAGUGGACUGACAUAACGGACGCUCCGAAGGAUUUAAUUAGGAAAUUACUCGUUGUCGAGCCAGACAAGAGGGCGUCAAUAAAAGAGGCUCUAGAUCAUCCAUUCUUCCAUACAGUGGAAUUAAAAGCAAAAUCUUUCAACGCAAGAAAGAAAUUCCAACUGGCAAUUCUCACAGUGCGCGCCGUAAUACGUAUCAAGAGAUUGCACACAACCCCCGAACCAUUGUCCACACUAGUAGCACGCGAGGAUCCUUAUAGAAUAAAAAUCCUACGAAAGGUGAUUGAUGGCUGUGCUUUCCGGGUCUAUGGCCACUGGGUGAAAAAGGGAGAGGGACAGAAUCGUGCAGCACUGUUCGAAAAUACCCCGAAAACGGACUUAAAACAUCUUUACGUGACAAAUUUAAGUAGAUAGCCAAAUUCUCUAGAUGAUCAAACGUUCUAGGCAAUUAAUUUCCUCCAAAUGUGUAAUUAUUCCAUUACACAUUCAGAAGGUAUUUUUUGAGAAUUUUUUAGGCAUAAUUUAGACAUAUUUUCGAAAGCUGUUAAUACAAAAUUAUUAUGUUCUCUAGUAAUUGAUAAGUGAGAUGUGAAAAGUUGAAAGAAUUGUGUUCUGUACAGAUUGUUGAUACAUUUCUACGAAUUAAUAGGUGAUGCAAUUAAUGAAAGGCAUGAUUGUGAUGUUGUCGGUGAAUUAAGCGAUAGUAUUAAUUACUUGAAGUGCUCUUGGUACUAAAAACAAAAAUUUAUUCCUAAGAGUGGAUUAAUUUAUUAUAACCCUAUUCAUUAGUGCAAAUUUCCUUAUUCUAGUCAAUUUGAUUUUUUUUUCUCUUUGUGCAGUGACUCGUGUGUUUACGAUAUCUUUCUCAAUACUGAAUCAAGCAGAAUAAAUAAAAUUCAUUAGUUUGA